AAAAACCAAGGAACCUGGAACAGUGGUCCUUCAACUGCAGCCUCCGGUGCUUCAGGAAUCUAAUAUUGAUACUGUACUCAUCGUGCAUUUAAAAUUCGUUGUCUGUUUUUGGGGGUCGUAGCGAUGUCACAUCCUGUGUACAGGCAGGUCAGUGAUUCUGCAGCACGUGUCUUCAGACCAUAGACCGUACCAGACAGUGACAGAAAUGAUUGAUAAAGUCUGAUUAACUUUUACCAUAAAGUUGUUUAUACGGGCGCACUCCAGGAUCCGGUGGCUGGUUUGACUACGGAGAUCCAAACAGCGCUUGCCGCAGUGGUAAACCCCAACAUCGUCGUCCGAAGGAGUGUGUUUUAUCCCGAAAGAUGGCCGCCGCCCCUGUCCAGACCCCCACCACCCUGCUGCAGCUUCUCUCUCAGCUGGAAUACGCAGCCUGCGAGGCCGAACGUCAAAUCCAGAGUCUACGAGAGAUAAGUAUCGACCUUCAGUCACGUGCUGAUAUUGCCCUUGAACAGUUGCACCAGUGCAGAGCUUCUUUCGCAGAGAACGAGGAGAGUAGAGACCAACUGAGACGGGAUGUGAUGAACGGCAAACGCCAGCCCAACCAAAGUCAGGACGCAGCAGAAAACCACAGGAAAGAGAGUAUGGAGCUGUAACGCAACCUCAGUGAGGUCAGCAAAGAGCGGGACACUCUCAGCCGAUCAAACACCAAACUGAGAGGGAGUCUGCGAAGUGCAGACACCGAAAGAAUUAGUAUGAAGCGACAGUUUGAGGAGGAGGUGGCUGAGCUAAGCAACAACCUCAGAGAAGUGGAAAAAUCACGACUGAAAGUUCGGAGAGAACUUCAAGAGCUGCAGAAUCGUCGGUCAUGGGAGGAGCCCCUUAAUCAGAUGGCUGCCGUGUCAGGAUUACAUUUGGAAAUAGCAGGCGCAGUAGUGCAGGCUAGGAACAUCGAAAGAGACAAUCAAACCAUGCCUUCAUUCGUUCAACCCCCUCCCUUCAGACCAAGAGGGGGGUACGGCCGUGGUCAGUAUAGAGGUCAACCAAGAGGAAACUCCAAUACUGGAUGCUACAUAUGCGGCCAAUCUGAACAUUGUGUCCGAGACUGCCCUUAUGAGGGACAAAGAGGACCACCACCUAACCCUAACCUUAACCCCUACAGAGGACAAGGCCCCCAUCACGGAGGACCCCCAGGACGAAGCCGAGGAAGAGGCAUGCCCCCUGCACCCACACCAGAUGCCAACUGCCGCCGGGGAACACAGCAACGACUAUGACCAAUGAAGUUGCCCAGUGUCCACAGAAGUACAAUUUACCAUCAUGGUGAACAAGGAUCAACGAGUGGACGCUACUCUGCAGCCAUUUAAGAGUGACUCUAGCGGAGCCAGCAACAGCAGCGGGGAGAGCUCCAAGGAGAGUUCCCGGUGCUCCACGCCGCUGCUGGACGCAGACCGGUCGGUCAGGCUGCGGGACAAGAUGCGGAGGAGGAUGGAGUCCGGAGACCACUGGUUCUCACUGGAAUUCUUUCCUCCUCGCACAGCCAGUGGAGCGGUCAACCUCAUCUCAAGAUUUGACCGGAUGGGUUCUGGUGGCCCCCUGUUCAUAGACAUUACCUGGCACCCAGCAGGGGAUCCAGGCUCAGACAAGGAGACCUCUUCAAUGAUGAUUGCUAGCACAGCCGUCAACUAUUGUGGCUUGGAGAGCAUCCUCCACCUGACCUGUUGCAAUCAGACCAAAGAAAAGAUUACUGGUUACCUGGCCAAAGCUAAGCACUUGGGCCUCAAGAACAUCAUGUCACUCAGAGGAGACCCAAUGGGAGUAGACUGGGAAGAAGAGGAGGAAGGCUUCAACUAUGCCAUCGACCUUGUUAAACAUAUCCGUUCAGAGUUUGAUGACUACUUUGACAUUUGUGUUGCUGGCUACCCCACAGGCCACCCUGAAGCAGAGAGCUAUGAGGCCGAUCUUAGACACCUUAAAGAGAAGGUGGAUGCUGGAGCAGACUUUGUAAUCACUCAGUUGUUCUUCAGGGCAGACACUUUCCUCAAGUUUCUGGAUGACUGCAGAGCAAUUGGUAUCAUGUGUCCCAUCCUACCUGGAAUCUUCCCCAUUCAGGGUUACCAGUCCCUGCGUCAGCUGGUCAAGCUGUCAAAACUUGAGGUACCAGAGGAGAUCACCAAGGUCAUCGAGCCCAUCAAAGACAAUGAUGCUGCUAUACGUAACUAUGGAAUCCAACAGGCCAUAGAGAUGUGCCGUGUGCUGCUGGACAGUGGCAAGGUACCAGGCCUUCAUUUCUACACACUGAAUCGAGAGGUCGCCACCAUGGAGGUGCUCCGACAGCUGGGCCUGUGGAUAGAAGACCCAAGGCGGCCUCUUCCCUGGGCAGUAAGUGCCCAUCCCAAACGGAUAGUAGAAGAUGUUAGACCUAUCUUCUGGGCAUCCAGACCCAAGAGCUACAUCUACAGGACCCAGGACUGGGAUGAGUUCCCCAACGGCAGAUGGGGAAACUCCUCAUCCCCAGCUUUUGGCGAGUUAAAUGAUUACUACCUGUUCUACUUGAAGAGCAAGUCAUCUAAAGAUGCCCUGUUGCAUAUGUGGGGUGAGGAGCUGAUGAAUGAAGAGAGUGUCUAUGAGGUCUUCACCAGCUACAUCACAGCCCAGCCAAAUCGCAGUGGACAUAAGGUGAUGUGUUUGCCAUGGAAUGAUGAGCCUCUUGCCCCAGAGACAAACCUGUUGAAGGAUGAGCUGGAGAAAGUGAACAGAAGAGGAGUCCUAACCAUCAACUCCCAACCCAACAUCAACGGCAAACCCUCCACAGACCCUAUAGUGGGCUGGGGACCUUCAGGAGGUUAUGUCUUUCAGAAGGCCUAUCUGGAGUUUUUCACCUCCAGUGAAAAUGUGACUGCCCUCCUCAAAGUACUGAAGAAGUAUGAGCCCCGUGUCAACUACCACAUUGUUAAUGUUCACGGGCGUAACCUGACGAAUGCCCCUGAUUUGCAACCUAACGCUGUGACCUGGGGGAUCUUCCCUGGAAGGGAGAUUGUUCAACCUACUGUAGUGGACCCAGUCAGCUUUAUGUCUUGGAAGGAUGAGGCUUUUGCCCUGUGGAUUGAGCAGUGGGCAAAACUCUAUGAAGAAGAGUCUCCUUCACGGAUGAUCAUCAAGUAUAUUCACAACAACUACUUCCUGGUCACUCUUGUGGACAAUGAUUUUCCUCUAGAGAACUGUCUGUGGCGGGUCAUUGAAGAUAUGUUUGAAAUGCUUGAUGCUCCUCCAGAUCCACUCAACGACGGAACAUCCUGAAAAAAAAAUAUAAACUACUUUUAAGGAAAGUAGGAGCACUAUGGAACCGUCAAUUGUUUAUGCAUUGUCUGAAAGUUGCUAUUUACAGUGUAGAGCAUGGAGUAGGUGUACUUAACAGUACUUUUAAAGACUUUUUCUAAAUAUUUUUUUAACAUUUGAGUGAACGGAAAUAUGAUGAAUUAAAUUCUUCUUUCUUCCCUAAACGAGACUGGAAGCCAGGGACAGGUACAGGUGUUGGCCAGACUAUUGACCGGAAACCAGGAACGCGUGUCAACCAGACCGCCCAUGCUUGACCGGAAAUACUCUAUAGUUUGACAAAUAUUCAGAUGAGGGCGCUGCUGAAUAAUACUAUAAUAUAGAUGUAUAUAGAACAGAUAUGGGCAAAAUACGGCCUGCGGGCCAUAUACGGCCCGUUUAUCUUUUUAAUCCAGCUCACCGAACUUUUAAUCCGGAAACGAGAAGUGGACAAUGAGUGCCGAGUGUUUAACACGGAGUGAACAACAAAAUAUUUUGUCCAUGAAAUCUAAUCGAAGGCUGCAUGCCUGAUAUGCCGAGAAACUGUCGCAGUUUUCAAGGAGUACAACAUCAGCCGUCACUUUGCUAAAUAAAUAAAUGCUUUGCUACUUGUUAAAGGUCAAAUCCUUUCAUGUAAUGAUUUUUCAAUGUCAUUUAUAUUAGUUCACAAAAAUACUCCAUCCAUCUGGUCCUGGCCCCGGCCCCUCUGUCAAAUUUUCCAACCACUACACAUAUCAGACGCCUUACUUUGAAAUAAUAUAGAUCACCUAGAUAGCUUUGCCAAAUAUAACUACGCAAUCCACUUAGCAGUUUCAGACACACAAAAAUGAAUUGCUGAAAACUUACUGCCUUUUAGCAAAGUUUGUUACUAGUGAAAUAUUUGGCAACCAUGUGAUGUGAUGCAUCCCCCUAAUCUUCAGUAAGCGGUGUGGCCUUUUUUUGCACCUUGUCCCCAGUCGAUAGUUUGGCCGACACUUGCCACUCUCCUCCAGUCAGCAGUCCGGCCUGGUUACCCAUUGACAGUCCGGUCAUCACCUGUCCCUGGUUUCCCAUCAGAAUUCUGGUCGACAACUGUUCCUGUCCCUGGUAUCCUGUGGCAUUCCUACAAAAUACACUGAUCAAAAAAGUUAAGGCAGGGGGGUUUUCCUGCUAUUGACCCUCCAUUGCCCCUGUUGAUGAAUCUCCGUAAAUUGAAAGUGCUUGCCAGUAAUUCCCAAUUAGCAUGGCUUAUGGACACGUAAGGGCAUGAGACUGCUCUGGCCUGUGGAAAUCCUGGAAACCACAAUUUACAUCAAAUGUAUUGGAUUUGGCUGCAAAACUGUCUACCCCUGAAACUCCAGAGGUAUUCUGUGGACUAAGACACACUUCACCCACCCCUCCAUCUGCAUAGUGGCGAGUAGACAAUGAGGGAAUUAUUACUUUCUAGCCACAGAAUCUGCAAUCAGGUUGGAGCACGCCACAGCUUUGUCUGACAAGGUCAGGUUCUACAAGAGUUUAUAAAAACGUUUUCUUCAAAAUUUUUUACAUAGAAAAUACUUAAAAGUAGUUGGUGGAUGUUGGACCAAGGGAUACCUAGAAUCUGGUCAAGAUUACAUCUUAUAUCUACACAAACCUCUAUAGGUCAAGCCUGUGUUGAGCUAUAGGUGAGAGACAAAAUCCCCAUAAUGGUAUAUUUUUUGGUGCCUACUAACUGAACAUUUCAAUAAAAACGUUUUGUUUCCAGCAUCAAAAUCUUUUUAUUCCACACUUUAUUUUUCAAGGACCCCGCCUGCCCUUGACGUUCUUCCUCCUUGGCCUUUCCUUUUUUUUUAGGGCUCUACCUGGAUCUUUGCUUUUCCAUUUCUUCUUCAUUGCUUAUCAUCUCUAAAGGCUCCUCUUGCAUCUUCAGUCAAUGUAUCUAAUCGAGCUGUAUUAUCAGGGUUUCAUGGUUUUUUUGAGAGUGAUAAGAUUCAGGGGAAAAAUGGCUGGAGAUGGUCUCAUCAAUGCUUGCUUAACCUGUAAAUUCAAAUAAAUGCAAGAAUAAAGAAAUGAUUAAUAAACCA